AUAAAUAAGCAUGUCUCAAAUUGCAACUGCAUUUGUUCAAAUGCAAGCCGUAAUUGCUGAGGGCAGUGAUGGGUCUCUUUUCCCUUCUUGUUCCUACAUCCUUCGAGUUCCCCCUGAUCAACUACAGCGCAUAUGGAGGGAGAGACUACACGUACGCCCACGGGCUUGGCCACUUCAUCCCAAACAGGAUCUGCAAGCUGUAUGUCAAGUCCAAAGAGGCGUGGAUAUGGCAGGUGCCCGACGUGCACCCCUCCGAGCCGCUGUUCGUGCAGAGCCCCGAGGCCACAGCAGAGGAUGACGGCAAGCCAGAGGGGACACACUGCGCUGCCCUGCCUUCCCGGGCCCCCAGCGGGCCGACAAGGUCCUCCCAACCCGACACAGCAGGGGUUCUCCAGACCCGACUGCCCUGGCCCUCUACCUCUCUCUCCCGAAUUCAGACGUGGGGCAGGCUGUUUAAGAUUCAAAAUGAAAAUAAUUCUAACAGGUUAUAUCUGUUCUGAUCACUUCAGACGCGUACAUGUUCUCUGCUUUAAGCUCUGUGUCUUCCUGCCUCCAUGAAACUACCUGGAGCAUCAGGUCUGAACUUGGGCUUGGUACUAGGGGGCUAGCAGGGUCGGUCCUGGGUGAUACCAAGGGAAAAUAACUUAGACGUUUGUGUUCACAUAUCUAGUCCCUCUGGGUCACAUAGUGGACAUUUCAGAUUAGAUUAAAUUAGAUUCAACUUUAUUGUCAUUGUGCAGAGUACAAGUACAGAGACAACGAAAUGCAGUUAGCGUUUAACCAAAAGAGGCAUGUAGACAGUAGACAGGUAGUGCAGUAUGAACAGUAUAGACAGGUAGUGCAGUGUAAACAGUAUAUGACAUAUAGUUUGAACAGUAUAGACAGGUAGUGCAGUGUGAACAGUUUAGACAGGUAGUGCAGUGUAAACAGUAUAUGACAUAUAGUUUGAACAGUAUAGACAGGUAGUGCAGUGUGAACAGUUUAGACAGGUAGUGCAGUGUAAACAGUAUAUGACAUAUAGUUUGAACAGUACAGACAGGUAGAGCAGUGUAAACAGUAUAGACAGGUAGUGCAGUGUGAACAGUAUAGACAGGUAGUGCAGUGUAAACAGUAUAGACCGGUAGAGCAGUGUGAACAGUAUAGACAGGUAGUGCAGUAUGAACAGUAUAGACAGGUAGUGCAGUGUAAACAGUAUAUGACAUAUAGUUUGAACAGUAUAGACAGGUAGAGCAGUGUGAACAGUAUAGACAGGUAGUGCAGUGUAAACAGUAUAGACAGGUAGUGCAGUGUAAACAGUAUAUGACAUAUAGUUUGAACAGUACAGACAGGUAGAGCAGUGUAAACAGUAUAGACAGGUAGUGCAGUAUGAACAGUAUAGACAGGUAGUGCAGUGUAAACAGUAUAUGACAUAUAGUUUGAACAGUAUAGACAGGUAGAGCAGUGUAAACAGUAUAUGACAUAUAGUUUUAACAGUAUAGACAGGUAGAGGAGUGUGAACAGUAUAGACAGGUAGAGCAGUGUGAACAGUAUAGACAGG